AAGUCUUUACGCUUUUCGGGAUGUGGGAUGAGUAAAGCUGUUCGCUUGCAGGAACAUUCUGAAAGCAGAAAAUCAUCUCGGUCAGAACUUGUGAAUUUAAGAAGAAAUAUCGAUCACAAUGAUGUUGAUGAUUCGCUACUUCCCGAAUCUGAGCCACUUAACGAAAAAGCUGUAACUGCGACAACUGUUUCAAAGCCUUUGUCCCGUUUGGAGCAAUUAAAGAAAUGGAAGGAAGAGAAGGCCUUGAAGAAGAAAAUAGAAAAUGAGAAUAGACAAAAAGCUCCAUUUGUUGUUGGAAAAGCAAAGCCAGAAAUGGGUUGCUCAAAAGUGCCUUUACGAAGUCUGCAGAACUCUUCCACUAUGUUUGGGGCAAAAAAUAGCAGCAGAUUCAUCUCCAAGAGCGUUUCAUCUGUAAGUACUGCCAGAAGCACCGCUGGGGUGACAGGAAAGGUCAAUGUACCUGCUUCAACGUCUGGUGCAAAACCUCCAACAAAAAAUGUCUAUUUACCUGCUUCAUCUGGGAUGAAACCUCCAACCAAAACUGGUGCAGCUUCAUCCACAAAUCAGAAAGCUAAACCCCCGAGUGCCUUACCAGCAUUAUCUGCAGCAGUAAGAGAUAAAUCACAGAUGAAAACUAAUAUCCCCAAAACUUGUGCGUCAAGACUUCCAACUCGAAACUUACCGCAGGGUAAUCAGAAUUUGAAGAUGCUUGAGUCCAGGAUUCCGGCUUGCAAACCUGCCAUGCAACAGAAAAAAGAUGUUAAAGAAAAGAAACCCAUUGGAAAAAUAGAUGGCAAAAGCAAUCCUCCUGAUCGUAUCGGGAAAAUAAGUGGAAAGGCCAAUUGUCUGGCACCUCCAGUCUUCAAAAGUGAGAAAAGAGAUUGUGGUUUGAAAUUCCCUAAACCUUUGCCAGUUUCUGUUGAGCAGUAA